GUGUUUUGAAGCAGGAUGAGGUUGAUGAUAAACUCCACACAGGUUUCAUAUUUUACACUCGGCGCCUACUUUGACACUGAGUAUUUCAGAUACUUAUAUUUCCUGUUCAUUCUGACAUUUUAUUUUUUAAUCCUUUGUGCCAAUGUGCUGCUGAUUGUGGUCAUCUGUAUGAACAGAAGCUUACAUGAGCCUAUGUACCUGUUUCUGUGCAGCCUGUUUGUAAAUGAACUGUAUGGUAGCACAGGGCUGUUUCCAUUGCUCCUGGUUCAGAUUCUCUCUGACGUUCACACUGUUUCUGCUUCUCUGUGUUUCCUGCAGAUUUUCUGUGUUUAUAUAUAUGGAAGUGUGGAAUUUACAAACUUAGCCGUCAUGUCUUAUGACAGAUAUCUUGCUAUCUGCUGUCCUCUACAGUAUAACACACAUAUGACAUCUAAUAAGGUCGCCAUGCUUAUUGCUGUUAUAUGGUUUCCUCCUUUUGUUGCUGUUUUUGUCACAACAUCCUUGAGUGUCUCUUUACAGCUGUGUGGGAACAUCAUUAAUAAAGUUUACUGUGACAACUACUCCGUCAUAAAACUGGCCUGUUCUGACACCAGAGUCAACAACAUCUAUGAACUCGUUGCUGCUUCUCUCACAGUUUGUGUUCCUGUAUCUGUAAUCCUUUACACUUACAUGAGGAUCCUUAAAGUGUGUUUCUCAGGCUCCAAACAGACCAGACAGAAAGCUGUCAGUACCUGCACACCUCACCUCGCUUCUCUGCUCAACUUCUCUUUUGGAGUUUUCUUUGAAAUAUUACAGAGCAGGUUCGAUAUGAGCAGCGUGCCCAACAUGCUGCGAAUAUUUUUAUCGUUGUACUUUCUAACAUGCCAGCCGCUCUUCAGCCCCGUCAUGUACGGACUGAACAUGUCCAAAAUACGCAUCAUAUGUAAAAAUCUGCUUUCAGGUUCUGUUGAGGAGUGUAGAUCAUCCAACAGAGUUGUACAAGAGAAAACAAUAAAUCAAUGA